AUGGAGGAUAAGUCUCAGUGUGAUAAGUUCAGCAAUACAAUCUCAAAGAGGACCAGGAAGUCAAAGGGGGAAUCCGGAAGGACGCAAGCGCUACAACAGAAAACGGAGGACGAAAGGAUAGAGAGGACAACAGGAGAAAGAACCAAUGACCAGGGAAG